AUGGGGACGGUGUGGCUCAGCUGCAUCCUAGGUGUCCUAUACCUGGCCUGUGCCGGUGCGAUCGAGGCUGACGAGAUCCAGAAGGCCUUGCUGAGCCACCUUGGCCUCAAGGAACCCCCUGUUCUGGACAAGGCUGAGCUGGGCAGCCUGGUCAUCUCCGAUCCCUUGAGAAGUGAAUACCUGAGGCGUCUGAGGCAGAGCCGGGCGAUGCCCUUAUCUCGGGGGAAGAGGAGUCAUGCCAGUAUAAAAGAGAUCGUGGGCAGAGUCACCUUCACAGAGGUCAACGCUCGGCUACUGACCUUCGACAUGACGAGCCGGAUCCCCUUCAACAGUGAGGUGCAGCGAGCCCUGCUGAAGCUCUACAAGAAGCAGCCCCGGAAGGCAGACAUCAAGCGGAUCCACCGGCUCCAGCCCUACUCCCCAGUGACCCACGUCCGUGUGGAAAUCCAGUGGGUGCACAUCCAAGCAGAUGGUACCAACCGGACAUUCCUGGUCGACUCCAGGCCGCUGGAUAUAUUCGAGUCAGGCUGGGUGGACUUUGACGUGAUGGAUGCUGUGCAGUACUGGCAGCAGCUGGCUCAGCCCGGGGAUCCGAUGCUGCUGGGCGUACGCAUCCGGGGAGACGGGGCGGGCAAGGAAUACUCCAAUUUGGUCAAGGCCGUCCACUUUGCCAUCGAAGACCCAUCCGACAGACGUUACGAGCCCCAGCUGGAACUGCAUACUCUGGACCUGUCAGAAUAUGGGGCCCAAGAUGACUGCGGCGGCCACGGCGUCUCCCGCUGCUGCCGGCAGUUGAGAUACAUCAACCUCCAGGAGCUCCCCUGGGCCCACGCCUGGAUCCUGGAGCCCCCCAUCCUCCAACUCUACGACUGCGUGGGGAGCUGUCGGCAGCCCCCGCCCCCGGCCCGGGCCCCGCCGUCCGCUGAGCGAAAGUGCCUCCCCGUCGACACCAGAUCCAUGCCCAUGAUCGUCGCCCUCAAGGACGGAAACCACGCUGAGGCCCAGGUGGUCGAGUUGCACAACAUGAAUGUGCUGAAGUGUGGCUGUGCCUCCAGUGGCUCCCGGCCCAGAGUCUCCAGAGCAGCAAGUGGCGAGGUGGCCCUGUUGGCCACGUAGGCCUCAGACCUGAUCUGCUCUUCCUUAUUUCUUCAGCAGGGAACACCUAGAGAGUGGGAGGGGGUGUGAGUCACUGAGAUUCUUAGGAGCUGGAAGGGCUAGCGUGGGGAGCUUUCCUAUCCUACCUUAUGCCCUUCCCUGAGUCACCACCACCUCUUCUAAGCACUUAAAUGUGUAAAUGCAACAUGAAAGGCACGGGCUUGGAUUGCUCCCUGCCAGUCAGCACUCUCUCCUAGUAGCAUCCCUGAUUUGAACUUCGGUAGCUGAUCUUCAGUUCCAAGUUUGCCAAUUCUGGGCUCAAGUUGGGGAGUGGAUGUGUCAUGUAUGAAUUUUGUGUUUUCUGACCGGCCCUUCU